UAAAAAGCGCGAACGUCGCGCAUGAAGAUCGCAGUUCUAGAAGACACUUCCAGCGGCCAAGAUUCAAUUUGAAAAGUCCAGUGAUUUAGGAUCAGUGUUUAGUGACGAGUUGUCGUGUUGUGCUAAUUAUACGCUUACGCCAGAAGAUCAUGAUCAAGUUCAUCGCUAUCCUUGCAGUCAUCGCAGUGACUGUUCAGGCAUAUCCAGCCGAAGAGCCUGCAGCGACCGUUGAAGUUCACCCACGAGAUGUUCCCGAGUCCGUUGACGCCGCUGUGGCCCCAGAAGGAGACCAGGAGACCGAGGAGGGCCUGAAGCCCGCCGAGAGCUGGGGCUGGGGAUAUGGUGGCGGCUGGAGACGCGGCUGGGGAGGCGGCUGGGGUGGCGGAUGGGGUGGAUACGGAGGUGGUUGGGGUGGCGGAUGGGGCGGACGCGGCUGGGGCUACAGACGAUACGGCUGGGGCUACCCUCGCUACUACGGCGGGUAUUAUUGGUAGAGAGAAUCUGCAGGAGAUCAACUAACCCAUCAAACACCCUUGCUCUCACACUUUACUUUGUACAUUCAGGUGAAAAAAACGAAACAAUAAAAAGUGAUGAAAAAACCCCGACAAA